AUGGUUAUUCUGCAAGCAAAUUUAAAACCAUAUCUGAUUGCCAGUAAAAACUGGGAUUUUUCUGCUCACCUAAUCAAUAAUGAAGUACUUGUGUCGAAUCAAUCAACACUACAGGGACUUAUCAAUGGUGAACAUGAUAAAAAUACAUUUAACAAAGAUCUAUUACACAUCAGUACAGCAAAGAAGACACAUGAGAAAACUCAUUUGACUUGUCGUUAUAAAGAUGAAGCUCAGCAUAUCAAUUUAGAUGAAUCGGACCAAGUGAGCAUGGAUUGGUUUCAUUGUUGUUGCCCGAAAGAAUUAAUUAACCGGGAAAAUCCAGAAGUACUGGUCUUGAUGUUGAAAGUGGCAAGGCACGCAUCGGUGAAGGAACAUUUGGGCUUGUAA